GAUUAUUAGUGAAUACGUUUGGUUAUUAUAUAGAUUAGUGUAAAUUGUAUUUUUUAAACAGGAAGCGUGAGCGUGUUUAGUUUUAAAUAAGCGUGAAUGGUUUCGCCCAUAAGGAAGCGCCUGUGUCAGAGUAAUUGGCUGAGAAAAUGAAAACAAAUAGGAAGUACAACUGUAUAACUUUAGCAUUUUACUAUAUAUGACAUGUGAUUGUAAAUCAGUGCGUUAUUUAAAUGUAAUCUUUGUCUAAUAUAUAUUUAUAAAGCUAUGUAGGACUUCUGAUGAUGCCUGUUUGUGCUUGUGUAUCUGAGUGGAUAGGAUAGAGAAUUGAAGAGAGAAUUGAAGAGAGAAUUGAAGAGAGAUGUCUGAUCAGAUGUUGAUGAGAUGAUCCAGCAGGCUGUGUGAGGAUGUGGCCAUGGUUGUGGUUCGGCUCCAGAUCAGGUGUGUGUAGUGGCACUGCUCUGAUCCUCACCCUGACUCUGGUAGUCUGGCUCUGUGGCGUUCAUGCCAGUCUGAGUUUAGGGCCAGGAGGCGACUUCCCAGGUGUUUAUGAUUUUAUCUUCUACGCUGUGAGUCAUGAGGAGUUUGUGUCUUUGCUCCAUGACGUCGCCCUGCUGCUGUACCUCGGGCCGAGUCAGGAGAGGAAAUGGGGCACGGCGGUCUUCCUUGUCCUGUCUCUCGUCUCUACGGUGCUCCUGCCCCCCAUUUACGCCCUCUUCCUCUUCGUGACGGGGGACGAGGCCAGUCGGAUAUGCGGGUACUCGGGCACCCAGCUGGCUCUGUUCGCGGCUCAGUGUCGCCAGAGCAAACGGAGACGAGUCCUGCGCUGUCUGCCGCCCUGGUCCCUGCCUUGGCUCGUCUUGCUGCUCGAUUUGUUCCUCCUUCCAAACGUAUCGGGACUUCUGCACUUCUACGCCAUCUGCCUGGGGCUCAGCUACAGCACGGAGUUAAUCGAGCUCCUGCAGCGGAUCGAGUCUCUCGGCGUCUGCUCCUGCCUGCCAGCCUGGCUUUAUAUCUCCACUAAAUAUCAGCUACCGACCUACAUCAGCCCUGCGCAGAGAUCUGUCCCUCACACUGGACACGCUGCAUCGGCCAGCAGGUCCCAGCUGGAGGAUCACACACACACACGAGCGUGGACACACACCACACCCGAGUGGCAGCUGGAACCUGUUAUGGUGACGGACGAGCAGAUAUUAGAGGAGGAGCUGCUGAGAGCUGGGAUCCUGUCCUCGCUGAGGGACGCACCUGAAGGCACGCCGGAGAAAGUGGAAGUCCAGAAAUCCUCCGUUUCUUCACUGAGGCUGCAGCAGCUGGAGAAGAUGGGCUUCCCGAUGGAGAAAGCCGUGGUGGCUCUGGCCGCGUCUCCGCACCUGGACGGAGCGAUCUCUCUGCUGAUCGAGGACCAGGUCGGCGAGGACGCCGUGGUCGUCUCUAAAGGCAGGAAGGCGCCGAGCUCGUGACCCGCGCACGCUCAGGGGCCACGGUGAGGACGCCAUCCCAUAAUACAAACAGGAACAAAAUCACAAAUGUAUUAAUGCAAGCGGUUUUCUAAAAAAAACCCAGGUGUUAUUUACAGUUCUUUAAAGUGUGUG